CCCGCACUCUGACGUCGACGAAAUGGAGACGAACACAAGAACGAUUUGCUGUUUGGUUUUGUUCGCUGUGACAGUUCUACCAAUCGUCAUGGCCGUGGACUGCAAACAGGCGCCCGAUACCGGCCCGUGCUUAGCCAACAUGGUCCGGUGGGCAUUCGACUCGCCAAAGGGGAAGUGUGUGCCGUUCCCGUACGGUGGCUGCAAUGGUAACUCAAACAACUUUCUCACGUUGAAGGCAUGCACCAGCUCUUGCAGUAAUGUGAGAUUUUACGCCAACAGACGCCCAAGAACGUGGAUGUGGCCAAAGGAACCAAGGGACGACAACAUGUUACUCACUUCAUCAGAGACCCUAUAAAUUUAAAACGAUCGGGGUAGAACCACAAAAUUUAAGACAUCAAAAUGACUUGGCGUAUAGGAUGAUACAGCGAUUCUUUCACAUGGCAUUCCAUGUCACUGUAAUUAGUUUUGUGUUAAUUAGUUUGUACACUAAUUAAGUUAACAGUUAAGUAAACAGUUAAUUAGUUUAUAAUUAGUUUGUACACACUAAUUAUCUCGAGGUAUUUUGACAAUUUUUCGUAUGAAGCGACAACGAGAUGAACAUCUCCCGACGUAUGGCUUGUUGUAAAUACAAAACAUCGGUACAAACAGACAGUUCUUAUGGAUCUGACAUUACAAGCCUUAUUCGAAACCACGGCUUCGGCUUCAGAUUCGGCUAAGGCUAGAUUGGCCCCGCGACUGCUUUGCGUAUACAUGCUCAGGGCUUCAGACGGGCUGAAGCUGAAUAAGCCGAAGCCGUGGUUUCGAAAAGGGCCUUAGUCUUGAUGUAUUAUGUCUAAAAAAGAACUUAGUGCGUUACACUGCCAAUUAGCAACUGGCUAACUAAGCAUUGUUUGUAAUAUUACUCUGUGUAUAUAUUUAGUUAAAAUCCCUGAUUUUACCCGACUUCUAUGAACACUUGAGAAACUUGUUAAAGAUUUAGUGGCGAGGGCAAGGUCGUUUACCCUCCGGAAUUUUUACAAAAUAGACUGGUCCGCUGUCUCAAAGGGAAUUACACUGUGUCUCGUACACAAACGACCCUAUACAGUAUGCCGUGCAGUAAUAAUAUUUGUUGACAUACCUGACCACACCCAUGCAAAUUUUCAUGGGAACACAUAUUCAGUAAAGAAACACGUUGCCUUGGAUCGGUCGAGUUGGUCUUUGAACAGCGUUUGUAACCGUUUGUUGAAAAUGCAUAUG